UCCCCGUGGUUGGUGGAGGAAGCGCGCGGUCCGGACCGGUCCGGACGUGGAUUAAAGCCCGUUUAGCGGCGUCCUAGCCCUCUGACCCGUUUAACUAGCUACGGGAGCUCUGGGACUAGUACAUGCCGCGGUGUGUAGACACGGACGCCCGCCGGUAUGGGGCACGUGCAGCCGUUUGUCCGGCGUAGUCGUUGGUCUUUUUUAAAUUGCCCUUGCUAGCUCCUCCGACACUAGCUAAUGCUAGCUUACCUACUACGUUUACAUGCGCUAUAGGCGACGCUUUAGGACGUUUGUCCGCCUUUUUUUCAGUAAUUCGACAUUUUAAAAAUCUUUAUAGUGCUGAAUUCUUAGGUGAUAUUCGUUUACUGUCGUUUACCUUUUCGAUAGACUUAUUCCUGAUAGCUGCCUUGGCUAGCUAAGCUAAGAUAGCUAGCUAGUUCUCUCUGCCCCACUGUAAUGUCAUUCUGCAUCUGCAUGAGUCACUGAAAUGUAGAGCUAAUAAAUGGCGAGGCAGCAUGAGCAGAAACCACAUGCACAAUGGUACUGUGUGAACCUCACUGGGACAACCAUGUCCCCUUGCCAAAGCUCAGACCCCUGCAAUCGCGCCUGCUGGUGGCCUUGGUUGGCCUGAUCUGUUUCAUCAACAGCUAUGACGGGGACUUUGUCUUUGAUGAUUCCGAGGCCAUUAUCAACAACAAGGAUUUAAACCCAGCCACUCCCCUGAGUAGCAUCUGGAAAAAUGAUUUCUGGGGCAGCCACCUGAGCAGCAACUCCAGCCACAAAUCCUACAGGCCACUGACUGUUCUCACCUUUAGGCUGAACUACCUCUUAGCCGGUGGACUGCACCCGGCAGGAUUCCAUGUGCUCAACAUUGGCCUCCACUGCAUCAUCUCAGCGCUGAUGGUUGACGUCCUCGAGAUCUUACUGGCCGGCCCGGCCUGUGACGGGAGGGCAAAGGGGCUGGCCCGAGCGCCCAGGGCCUCGCUCCUGGCCGCGCUCUUUUUCGCCGCACACCCGGUCCACACGGAAAGCGUGGCUGGCAUCGUGGGUAGGGCAGACCUCUUGUGUGCACUCUUUUUCCAGCUAUCCUUCCUCACGUACUGCAGAGCAUUUCAGGGUGGUGAUAGGAGUGACAGAUUCUCUGUGUCCUGGAUAGCAGUCAGUCUGCUGCUGUGUCCUGUAGCCAUGCUGUGUAAGGAGCAGGGCAUCACUGUUCUGGGGGUGAGCGCCGCCUUUGAUAUCCUCAUCGUCUGCAACCUGAAUGUGUACGAGCUGACUCGCAAUCUGCUCUUUGGGAGGAAAAGUCCCGACCAGGUGAGAAAGGGGCUGCUGGCCAGGCUGGCGCUCUUGCUUGUCUCCGGCUCCUUGCUCUUGUACGUGAGGUGGAGGAUCAUGGGUACUGGUCCCCCAGCCUUCACAGACGUAGACAACCCAGCCUCCUUUGCUGAAACCAUUUUUCUUAGGAUUGUGAACUAUAAUUACUACUACUCCUUGAAUGCAUGGCUGCUGCUGUGUCCCUGGUGGCUGUGUUUUGAUUGGUCAAUGGGCUGUGUGCCUCUUAUUAAAUCAGCCGGUGACUGGCGAGUCGUCUGGCCGCUGCUGCUGUGGGCCUGCUUCAUUGGUUUGAUAAGGCAGGCUCUGUGCUCGCCAGACAGCACUAAACGAAGGACUCUGGCGUUCGGCGUGGUGCUGCUGGUCGUGCCCUUCCUCCCAGCCAGUAACCUGUUCUUCCGCGUGGGCUUCGUGAUAGCCGAGCGCGUGCUGUACCUCUCCACGGCGGGCUACUGUCUCAUCUUGGCCUACGCCGUGGCCCACUGCUGCUGCCGCUGGAGGAGGCACAAGACGCUUCUACGGGCAGCCACGCUGGCCUUGCUGGCCAUGAACGUGGCUCGCUGUGCCUUGCGCAGUCAGCAGUGGAGAUCUGAGCAGAGCCUGUUUGCCAGCGCCCUGUCUGUGUGCCCACUUAACGCCAAGGUUCAUUACAAUGUUGGCAAAAAUCUCGCUGACCGUGGCAGCCAGGAUGCUGCGAUCCAGUACUACAGGGAGGCAGUGAGGUUGCACCCGAAAUACGUCCACGCCAUGAACAAUCUGGGGAACAUUUUGAAGGAGCGGAACGAGCUGCAGAAAGCGGAGGAGCUGCUCUCUACGGCCGUGCACAUCCAGCCUGACUUUGCCGCAGCGUGGAUGAACCUGGGCAUCGUGCAGAACAGCCUGAAGAAGUUUGACGAGGCUGAGCAGAGCUACUGGAACGCCAUCAAAUUCAGAAAGAAGUAUCCAGAUUGCUACUACAAUUUGGGUCGACUGUACGCAGACCUGAAUCGGCACGUGGACGCUCUGAAUGCUUGGAGGAAUGCCACGAUGUUAAAGCCUGAUCACAGCCUGGCUUGGAACAACAUGGUUAUACUGCUGGACAACACUGGCAACCUUGCUCAAGCAGAGCUGAUGGGAAAAGAGGCCUUGAAGAUAUUACCUAAAGACCACACCAUCAUGUUCUCGUUAGCCAAUGUGCUGGGGAAACAGGAGAAAUACAAGGAGUCAGAAGGUUUCUUUCUAAAUGCACUGAAGAUCAACCCCAAUGCUGCCAGUUGCCAUGGCAAUCUUGCUGUUCUGUACCACCGCUGGGGGAAGCUGGACUUGGCUAAGAAGCAUUAUGAACUCUCUUUAAAGCUGGACCCAAAUGCCCCAGGGACCAAAGAAAACUACAACAUGCUAAAACGCAAGCUCGAGCAGCACCCGCGGCCAGCUACCUAACGCGGGGUCGGAUGUUACACGCAUGCCCCAGAUGCUGCCUAGGUACAACGUCCACGCCAAGAACAUACUUAAGGGAAAUGGCCUAAUUUAUACCGUAUAUAUUUGUAUGCUUACAGUUUGUCUUCUUGAUGCAAAACGGUCAUGUGAUGUGACUCAGUGCUGUAGGUUUCGAGAUCAAAGCUAUGGCUUUGUAACAGGCUCAAGUUCUUCUGUUACAUGUGGCUCUUAGUCUUGAGGAAUGUGGAACACAUCCACCCACUGGUGUUUUAGUCCUGCCUUUCAUCUUUGACCCUCUGUUAUGUCAGCUGGUCUGCUAUUUAUUAGUCUAUUUGACUAUGUGAUUGUGAAGUAUGUUACAACUGGCCAUUCGUCAAGAAUGUUUUGCCCCGGACCUAUUAACAGGUUUCAUUUGAAGACGUCUGACACAGAAAGCCAAACGCAUAAGCGUGAGGUUACCGUGCCCAUUGGCUUUUGUUAGCGUGUUUGUUUACUCGCAUUCCAGAGCAUCAAAGCAGCAUGUUGGCGGGUGUGUGCAGAGCCGCGGUCCUUCACUGCCUCCGGUCCCCGCGUGGAUAAUGUAAGAAGGGUGUUGUGCGAGCGUGUGUCGUGACGGGCUG